GCCGCGGCCCCGCCCGCCCCGCCAUGGCGUCCGAGGAGAUCGCGGAGGCCGAGAGCGUGCUGCAGAGUUUCGAGCGCCGCUUCCUGGCGGCGCGCACACUGCGCUCCUUCCCCUGGCAGGCCUCGGUGUUCUCAUCUGUACCGUCAGCAUUGGACAAAAUCCUCUCAGAGGCAGUUUGAGGCUCUUAUGCCUGUGAUGGAAGAGACAGGGAGGUACAAAACAGGCCAGAAGAGAGACGAAAGAAGUCUCACCUCCCCUGCCCUGGAGACCUGCACAGGCAAAUGACCAUGAGAGCAGCUUCCUUCUGCCAAUGCAAGGGCUCUAAUGAUGCUGCCUCCUUCAUAAUUCAUGUGCGGCACCAGGAAUCAGCAGUACACAUUACAGAUGAGGCCCUGCUUGGAUGGGAGAGCCAGAGAAUAAACAGAGCCUAGAAGAGAAAUUAAGGGACUCAUCAGGUCCUGAGCUGCUGCUGAAUAUUUUGCAGAAGACUGUGAAACAUCCUCUCUGUGUGAAGCAUCCGCCAUCAGUGAAGUAUGUCCGGUGCUUUCUCUCAGAGCUCAUCAGAAAGCACGAGGCUGUCCACAUGGAGCCUUUGGACGAGCUGUACGAGGCAUUGGCAGAGGUCCUGAUGGCUGAGGAGCCCACCCAGUGCCACCGGAGCUAUCUGCUGUCCUGUCAUUUUGAGAAGGUCAGAUGGAUGGAAUCUCACAAUGUGUGCCCUUCUGAGAUUGGCUUUCUUUGUGCAGCGUUAACACCCUCGAGACCCAUCCAGAUCAGCUCCUUGUCUCCUGGUAGCAGGAUUAAUUCUCUCCCUGUCUCGGCCCAGCCUUCCGGAGACUCGGUCACGCUCUCUGAGAGCACAGCCAUCGUUUCCCAUGGUACCACCGGCCUGGUCACGUGGGACGCUGCACUCUACCUCGCUGAAUGGGCCAUAGAGAACCCAGCCGCCUUUGCUCACAGGACUGUCUUAGAGCUCGGCAGUGGAGCUGGCCUCACGGGCCUGGCCAUUUGCAAGACAUGCUGUCCCAGCACAUACGUCUUCAGCGACUGUCACAGCUGUGUUCUUGAGCAGCUCCGAGGAAACAUCCUUCUCAAUGGCCUCUCAUUGGAACCAGACACCACUGACCCUGAAAGGCACCCAGGACAUAAUGCCCACGACACAGAGAGCCCCAGGGUGACGGUGGCCCAGCUAGACUGGGAUGUUGUGACGGCCCCUGAGCUGGCUGCCUUCCGGCCAGACGUAAUCAUAGCAGCAGAUGUGCUAUAUUGCCCAGAAACUGUCAUGUCCCUGGUCAGAGUCCUGCAGAGGCUCUCUGCUUGCCUGAAAGACCAGCAGGCUCCUGAAGCCUACAUUGCCUUCACCGUCCGCAGCCCUGAGACCUGCUGGCUGUUCACCAACGAGCUAGGCCAGACUGGGAUCCCAUGGGAAGCAGUGCCUCAUCACAACCAGAAGCUGUUUCCCUAUGAAGAGCACUUAGACAUGGCAAUUUUGAAACUAAUUCUGUAGGUUUACAAACGUUUUUAAAGAUUAACAUAAAAAUUAAAUCACCAUCCUGGAAAGAAUUUUCAUGUAGCAAAAAAUAAAAUUUUCACUGGACCUGAAUGCUUGAAGAAUGUUAAAUUCAGAAUCAGGAACUGCAAACUGUGUUCUAAUAAAAUAUAAACUAUUCAAGU